AUGGCUCCUCGCCCGCCGGCGGCUGGUGCGCACGGGACGGCGUCGCCCGUCCUUGGCCCCCUCCCGCUGUCUGGCGUGCUCGCGCAGGGGGCACCUGCAGGGGACGCGCGCGGCCUGCGCCCGCAGGGGACGCACGCAGGGACCGCCCGCCCCUGCCUUGCGGCCGCAGGGAGCGAGCUGGUCGGCCUGCGCCCGCAGGGGCCGCCCGCCGGGGUCGACCACCCCUGCCCUGCGCCCGCAGGGAGCCACGGCCUGCAGACCUCCGUUGCCCAAGCCGCCAUGGCUGUGGGCAGGACCACCGAUCCUGCGGCGGCAGAGGACGCCACGGUCGCAGCAGAGGAUGCACCAGGUGCCCUGUCCGGAGUCGAUGCCCUGGCUGCGGCCAUGGGGCCCGCGGCCAUGGCUGCUGGGGCUGCUGCAGCCAUGUCUGCUUGGCUGGGGAUGCCGGGCGCGGGCACCGACGCCCUCCUGCACCCGCCUCCUCCAGCCGCCCACACCACCAACUCCGUCCUCGCUGCCGCCCUUGAUGCUGCCCGGGCCGCGGCGCAAGAGGGCAUGGCCCGCGUGCGUGAGGCUGCCAUCGCCUGGGAGCGCGAGCGAGAUGCGGCUGAUGCCUUGGCCCGCCAGAUCGCCGAAGCGGAGCAGCUCCUCGGCCUUCCUGCCUCGGCCGACGUCGGGGCCACGUCCUCUGGCUCGGCCGGCCACCGCGUGGCUAACACCGCGGCGCCGGAGUCGCCUUCCUACGCUCGUUGGCGGGACCUGGUCCUCCUCACCCUCCGCCGCUACGCCCUCGACGACCACGUCCUCCUCGACGCCGUGGCCGCGGUCCAGACCGCUUCGUGGCUCCGUCUCGACAGCAUCGUCCUCUCCUGGAUCCUGGGGACGAUCUCCCUGGACCUCCACGACCUCGUCCGCAACACCCCGAGCGCUCGCGGGGCCUGGCUGGCGCUCGAGGGCCAGUUCCUGGGCAACGCCGAGGCCCGGGCUCUGCGGCUCGACGCGAGCUUCCGCACCUGCGUCCAGGGCGACCUCUCCGUCAGUGAGUUCUGCCGCCAGAUGAAGGGUAUGGCGGACUCCCUCGGCGACCUCGGCUGGCCCGUGGAGGACCGCAUCUUGGUCCUCAACGUUCUCCGCGGGCUCAGUGAUCGUUACUCCUACCUCCGGACGUGGAUCACCCGGCAGCGGCCCUUCCCCACCUUCCUGCAGGUCCGUGACGAUCUAGUCAUGGAGGAGCUCACUCAGGGCCUACAGCCUGGGUCCACCGCCGCUCCGGGGUCCUCGUCCUCCUCGACUGCUCUGGCUGCCACUCCUCCGACCCGUCACGCCACACCACCACAGUCGUCACUUCUGGGUCCUCUUCCCCCUGGGCCGAGCGGGGGUGGGGGGGGCCGUGGCGGCCGCCGUCGUCGUGGCGGGGGACGUGGAGCAGGUCGUGGGGGCACCACGACGCCGCCACCUCCACGAGGUGCACCCUGGCCAUCCUUCCACAACCCAUGGUCAGGGCGCAUCUCCAUGUGGCCGUUCGAGGCUUCCGGUGGCGAGCCUCGCCCGCCGGCGGCCAUGCUCGCGGGUGCCCCCCCGGGAUUCCCCUCAGUGACCCCGUGGGCGGCCCCGUUCCCUGCGUCCUCGUGGGCUACUCCACCCCCGACCUUGCUCGGGUCGGCCGGCUGGGACCAGGCGGCCUUGGCGCACUCCUUCAGCACCAUGGCCCUGACACCUCCUGUUGGGCCGGAGUGGGUCGCCGACUCUGGCGCUACUUACCACACCACUCCUAACCCCAGUAUACUUUCUUCUGUUCACCCUCCAUCUUCCUCUCUCCCUUCAUCCAUUAUGGUCGCAAAUGGGUCUUGUCUUCCUGUCACCUCUGUGGGUGCUGCCGGCCCCCAUGGUUCCUUUCAUCUUCAUGAUGUUCUUGUUGCUCCUUCUAUGGUUCACAAUCUUCUUUCUAUUCGUCGUUUUACAGCUGACAAUUCUUGUUCUGUGGAGUUUGACUCUUCUGGUCUUACUGUGAAGGAUGUGGCUUCCCGGCGUCCUCUGCUCCGAUGUGAUAGCACGGGGCCCCUUUACACUCUUCGCUUUCCGGCAUCUGCCUCGCCUCCUUUGCCAGUUUUGUCAGCUGCCUUCGCCACCACUACCUCCACUACUUGGCACCGGCGUCUCGGCCAUCCUGGACGUGAUGCUUUGAUGCAGCUUAGUCGUAGUUCCGAUAUUCGAAUCCUCAGUAUUUCUGGAUACAAAUACUAUCUUGUGGUGGUGGAUGAUUAUUCUCAUUAUUCCUGGACUUUUCCUUUACGUGCAAAGUCUGAUGCUUUCCCCGCGCUUGUCCACUUUUUCGCUUGGGUGUCCACACAGUUUGGCCUCACUGUCAAGGCUGUCCAGUGUGACAAUGGUCGGGAGUUCGACAACUCCACCUCCCGCGCCUUCUUUCUCUCUCACGGUGUCCAUUUGCGCAUGUCUUGUCCGUAUACCUCCUCCCAAAACGGCAAGGCUGAGCGCAUGAUUCGCACCACCAACGACACCCUGCGCACUCUCCUGCUCCAGGCCUCUCUUCCUACUCGCUUCUGGGCCGAGAGCUUGCACACCUCCACUUACCUCCUUAACCGCCUUCCUUCCGCUGCUUGUCCAGCUCCCACACCACACCACGCUCUCUUUGGUACCCCUCCUCGCUAUGAUCACCUUCGAGUCUUUGGGUGUGCGUGUUACCCCAACACCACCGCCACUGCUCCUCACAAGCUGGCACCCCGUUCGACCCUCUGUGUCUUCCUUGGGUACUCUCCGGAUCACAAGGGGUACCGAUGCUACGACCUUACCUCUCGUCGAGUCCUCAUAUCUCGUCAUGUGGUGUUCGACGAGUCGAUCUUCCCCUUUUCCACCACUACCACUCCUGCUUCCACCUCGGAGCUUGACCUCUCCUCUGUGUUUCCUACUGACCCGGUGGUCGAGCCAUCUUUCCCGGUGUUUCCUGCAGGUACUUCUACGUCGCCUGUCGCCCGUGACACCUCGGGGCCUCUACCCUGCUCGGGUCCCGAGGGGUCACCUUCCGGCCCGGCCCCGGCGCCUGACGCGGGUCUCGGGUCGGCACCUUCGACACCAGCCCCACCGGCACGCUUCGCCCAGCCGGUGCGGGUUUACCAGCGACGUGCUCCCGACGUGGGUCCCGGGUCGGCGUCUCCGACUCCGGCCCCACCGGCACGUUUCACCCAGCCGGUGCGCGUCUACCAGCGACGUGCCCGGCUGGCGCCGCUGCCUCCGGCGGCGCCGGUGGCCCCCUCUUCGCCGGGGUCACCUGCGCCACCGGCGACGUCUUCCCCACCGGCGACACCGACCCCACCGCCGAGGCACCCAGCCUCUCGGGCCACGACGCCGGUGUACCACCCACCGCUCCUUCACCGACACCCGCGUCAUGUUCACCCGAUGGUGACGCGACACGCGGCUGGGACCCUGCAGCCCCGGGCUCUUGCGGCGAUGCCCGGGGACUCGCAGGUCUCACCAGUACCCUCUUCCGUCCGUGAGGCCUUGCUGGACCCUCACUGGCGCCGCGCGAUGGAAGAGGAAUACGCGGCCCUCCUCGCCAACCAGACAUGGGAUCUGGUGCCACGACCGCCGGGCUCCAACAUCGUCACCGGCAAGUGGAUCUGGACCCACAAGCGCCGAGCUGACGGCACCCUUGAGCGGUACAAGGCUCGCUGGGUUCUCCGGGGCUUCACUCAGCGGCCCGGUGUCGACUACGACGAGACCUUCAGCCCGGUGGUGAAGCCGGCCACUGUUCGCACGGUGCUCUCGCUAGCUCUCACACGCGGGUGGCCCGUGCAUCAGCUGGACGUCAAGAAUGCCUUCCUACACGGCGUUCUUACUGAGACAGUCUACUGCAGUCAGCCGGCGGGGUUUGUUGACUCUUCUCGUCCAGACAUGGUGUGUCGGCUCAACAAGUCUCUCUACGGCCUCAAGCAGGCCCCCCGGGCGUGGAACCAUCGGUUUGCUGCUUUUCUACUGACUCUGGGGUUUGUGGAGGCCAAGUCAGAUACCUCUCUGUUCAUCUAUCACCAUGGGGCUGAGACUGCAUAUCUGCUGCUCUAUGUUGAUGACAUUGUCCUCACAGCCUCCACUGAGUCACUCCUUCGGCGGAUCAUCGCCUCUCUUCAGCAGGAGUUUGCUAUGAAGGAUCUGGGUACACUACAUCACUUCCUCGGGGUUACUGUUGAGCCUCACCCUGCUGGAUUACUCCUUCACCAGCGGCAGUACACUCUUGAUAUCCUGGAGAGAGCUGGGAUGACUGACUGCAAGCCCUGCUCCACUCCAGUUGACACCCAGGGCAAGAUCUCGGAGACUGAGGGUAUACCAGUGACAGAUCCCACUGCAUAUCGGAGUCUUGCCGGGGCACUUCAGUACCUCACCUUCACCCGGCCGGAUAUCACAGGUGUUUGGGUCACGGAACCAGCAAAUUAG